CCCCGUUCCCGCCCCGCCCCGCCUGACCCACUCCAUACCCGACCCAUACCCGCUUUAUACCCACCCCAUACCCGCAUAAGACCCGACUAGCCAUAGCAUAAUACGAUUAAAAAAAAAAAAUUACUACACCUAAUGAAAUCUAACCCAGUAACCCACUUACCCAAUACCCACCCUCAUUCAGUCAUUCACUCAUUCUCAAAACAAAAACCCUAGCCUCACUGCCUCACUCUCUCCUCUCACAGUCUCACUGCGCUGAAUCUCUUCCUCAAGCCUCAAACCCCUCUCUUCGAUCCUUCUUCUUCAACCUCGUGGUCCUCGUCUGCAAUCAAAUCUCUUCGAUCCUUCUUCUUCAACCUCGAUCUUGCAAGGCUGCAACUCAUUCAAUUUAGGGGAGAAUGACAUCUAAAAAUGAGAAUAACGCUAGUGUUCCCACUUCCGCUAGUAAUACUCCAAUUGCAAUAGAUGAUGAUGAAAGUCCUCUAGAGACUAAUUCCGAUCCUUCUCUCCUACCAAUUACUAGUAGGCAUACUUCGGCAGUGUGGUCUGAUUUUAAGAGAAAGAGAGUUGGGGAUGUGAUAAAAGCUGAGUGCAACCAUUGCUCCAAGCUACUUGCUGGUGGGUCAAAAGCAGGAACUACUCAUUUGAAAGAUCAUAUAAAAAUAUGUCCAAAGAGAGUAUGUCAAGAUCUUCGACAAACAAGAAUGUUUGGUACAAAAAAAAACUUGAAUGAUAAGAAUGACACGAUGACAUUGGCUCCUUACGAAUUCCACCAAGAAGAUGGAAGAAGAGACUUGGCAGAGAUGAUUAUUUUGCAUGAGUAUCCAAUUAGCAUGGUUGAGCAUAUUGGUUUUAGAAAAUAUAGCAAGACACUCCAACCUGGAUUUAAAGUGCCGUAUUGCAACACAACUAGAAAAGAUAUUAUGAAAAGAUAUGAGCUUGAGAAGGAGAAUGUUGCAACCUUGUUGAGGAAAGCAAAGGGUAAGAUUGCCUUAACUACUGACAUGUGGACAGCUGACAACCAGAGAAAAGGUUAUAUGGCGGUCACCUCACAUUUUAUUGAUAAUACAUGGAAGUUGCAAAGUCGGAUCAUAAGAUUGUGGAGAAUUUAAGGAUGAUGAAUAUGCUAAAUUAGUGGGAGAAUUAGAGGAAGGAUUUGAAACAUGUGAUAUCGAUUCUGGAACAAGUGGACUUUGCACCGAAUAAUUCAAGGCCUAAUGAAUUUCUUGUUAUGUAUUUGAAUAUUUGUAGACUUGUAGUUAUUUUUAAUAUUUGGACUUUGGACAAUUUGGAGUUAGUGUUUUUUUUUUUUUCUCUUAUGUACUACUAAUUUUAAGUUUUUUAAUAUGUAGUAAUGUAGUAUGUAUGCCUAAGGUGUUGCACUUUAUGAAAAUGGUUGAUCUUGCAGUGGUUUUUGUUGGAUUUGAGUUAA